AUGUCGUAUAUUUGUGUUUAAUAAGAUUGCAAUAUUGAUAAGAAAAUAUGUCUAAAUUUAGACGAUUUUGAAAUUCAUACAAAAAAUAACCAUAUGAUUUAUCCUUUGAUAUAACUCGAAAAAUAAAUUUAAAAUAAAUAUCAUGAAGCCAAUUUACAAAAACAGAAUUAUUUGAAUACAUCCAUUUUAAGAAUGGCAGAAUAAUAAAAAUAAGACUUAAGCAUUACUCUAAAUUAAUUCACGGAUGAUUUAUGUCUGUAUAUUUUAAAUAUAUUGAUAGAAAUCUUUGUAAAUAAAUACAAGCUAAAAUUAAUUAAAACUUUGUUCUACCUUCAUUAUCUCAAAACUUCUAAGAUUAAAAGUUAGUUAAUGAAUACUUAAAGCUAUUUUCAAUGGAGACUGAGAAGAUUAUUAUUGAUGAAUAAGCGCUUUAAAUAAAAAAAUUUAUUGAAUUAUGGAUUACUUCUUUAACAUGUACAAUCAUAGGAACUAUUAAUGCAAAAAUUCUAGAGUUUUAAGAUGAAUUUUUCAAUAAAUUUUCUGAAUUUCUAAAUUAAAAUGAUGAACAAUAAAAUAUGAAGCUAUAAAAAAAUUUAUUUGAGCCUAAAAUUUAGAAGGAAGAAGAUAAUUAUUAAACAUCAAUUUCUCAUUUGUAUAAAUUUAUAUAAUCAAGAUAAUCUGAUUAAAAUUAAAUGAACCCCUCUUUACAAAAUAAUUAAAAAAAUUAAAUUUAUAAUAAUCAUGAUUGUAAAUAGAUUUUGUUAUAUUAUUAGAAAUAUAUGAAUGUUUGAAAUACAAUCUUUCUUAACCUUUAAAUAAUUUAUUUUUGGAGAAAAGUACUAAAUAUAAAAUAAAAUAAAAUAGGUUUUCCAUUUGAAAAACAGUUUUAAGACGUUAAGUAUGAUUUUUAAUUAAGAAUUGAAAAUCUUAAAGAUGUAAUCUAUUUAUUGAAAAUAAUAGUCUGAAAAUAAAUAAGCGAAAUUAAUUUAGAAUGUUCAUGAAUGUUUAUAAGUAUCAUUAUAAUGAUUUCAGAAAUAAUAGUAAGUGAGAGAAGAAAAUAAUUUGUCAGAAAGUUUUGGAACCUCUAAUAGAUAAGUUAAUUUAAUGUAAUUAACAUAAUACUCUACUUAAUAUUCUGAUUCCCAUAUUGGAUUUUCGAAAUAUUUUCGGAAAGCUAAUAUAGGUAUUCAUGGAUUUGUUGUCGCCGAAGGAGAUUUUUAAUUAUAAACUUAGAUGUAAAUCAAGAUAAAAUUAUCAGAAGGAAUAUAAUAAUAUGAGUUAUAAGUAAAGAAAAUAUAAUGUUCUUAGAAAGCAAAUAUAGGAAUAAUUAAAGAAGAUUUUGAAAGAUAAUCAAUACGAGGUAAUUAUCAAGAAAUUUAUUAUAUGAACUCAGAUGGAUGUAUAUAUUAUUUUUAAACUCAAAGAAUUUUAUAAGGGAAGAAAAUUUAUAAAAUCUGGUGGUCCAAAAUUAAUGCUUUAUCAAAUUUAUUCAAUAACUUUGAAAGAUAGACAAUUAUCUAUUAAAAAUGAUUCAAAUUAAUAAGAAUAAAGUAUUUAUAUAGAUUGGCCGAUUGUUACAGAUUCUUUUUUAUUUUUUGCUGAUUUAUGGAACGUUAGUUUAGAAAUAGUAAGUUGA